AUGAAUGUAAUAAAAUUUAUUUUAAUUGUUUUAGUACUAAAAUUGGUAUCUGCUGAUUUUUAUGUUAAUUUUAAUUCAACAUGUGGGUCUGCAUGUGAUGGAUCAUCAGAGAAACCAUUCACAAAUAUAAAAAGUGCAAUUAAUUCAAUUGUUUCAAACCAAAAAAAAAGUACAACCAUCAAUCUGUAUGCAGGAACUUACAAAGGUUUACAAAAUGUUGGUGUUAUGAUUACAAAGCCAAUUCAAAUUAAAUCAAUAUCAAACCAGACGGUAACUAUUGAUUGUGAAAAAGUUGGGUUUGCUUUCUCUGUUGUAAAUGUGGAGGAUUUUUCAUUGAGUGGAGUAACCAUUCAAAAUUGUUCUGCUUCAAUGGGAGGUGCUCUCAGAAUUGAAAAUUCAAAGACCUCAAUCUCUAAAGCAAAAUUCCUAGGUAACAAAGCUGCAUUUGGAGGAGCAAUCUAUUCAAAUUCCAGUGUUGUAAUGAUAUAUUUAUCAAAUUUUACUGGAAAUGUUGCUUUGGAAUCCGGUUCCGCAAUCUAUUCAGAGUCAUCACAGUUUUCAAUCCUUUCAAAAACAGAAUUCAAUGGAAAUGCCAACAAUUCCAAACCAACUUAUAUUUCAUCCAAAAAGUCAAGUGUAAUAUUGGAUGAUGCCGUUAUUAUCAAUAAUCAUAUUACUUGUGACGAAUUAAGCUCAACUAAAUAUAAAUCAUCAUCAUUUUGUGAUUCUUCUUCAGAUACUUGUUCAGCUAUUGGUAUUAUUCCAAAUAUUGAUAGUGAUAAAACUAUUUACACCACAGGAAUGUUAUAUAAAGCUUAUUACAAUAAUAAUUUAACCUCUGAAAUUAAAUUCCAAAAGAUUAUUCCAGACAAUACAAUAGAAAAUUUCUUGAAUGGCCAUGAUGGAAAGGUUUAUGGUGUUCUAACAGGAUAUUUACACAUGGAUAAUUCAAUGAAAGUUAAAUUCAGAUUUGAAGGAAAGAAUCUUGGAUUCACUUUGAAGAUCAAUGGUGUCAAAUAUUUGGAUGUUGCUCAAACUGCAAACUUUGAUUUCCCAUUUGAAAUAUAUAUGGUUUCAAAAGUAUCUCAUCAAAUUCAAAUUAAUUUAACUUCGGAUACAACAGGAGUUGGUCGUUCAUUCAAAUUGUAUCAAAUCUCACAUGAUUACAGAAUAUUCUACACUGAACAAAUUUGUGGUGAUGGUGUUCAAGAUGAUUUGGAUUAUUGUAUUGAAGAUUCAUAUGAUAUUUUUAAUUCAUCAAAUCCACUAGGAGACAGAGUUUGUGGAAAUGAAAAUAUUCACUUGAACUUCCAAGAUUGUUUCAAUGAAAUAUCACAAAAUUGUGAGAUUCCAAAGAAGAAAGAUCAUAUCAGUCCUCUUGGAAAUGUUGGUGGAAUGAUUGGUGAUCUUGUUGAGAAUCAAUAUCUUUGGAAUGUUCCAGGAUCUGAACAUUUCACUUAUGGAAUGAAUGUUCUCAGUGGUCAACAAUCAAAAGCACCAGUAUUCCAAUUUGAUUAUUGUGUUGAAGUUGCCAACAAUAUUCUUGAAGAUCCAUACAGAAUGAUGGCAUAUGAAAUCCCACCAUCAUUGAAUAUCAAAUCUCUUCCAAUUUGCACCUAUUCAUCAACUACAACAAUGUAUAAUUCUUUCUCUGAAUAUCAAAAAGAGUUCCAAUUAGAAGCGGGAUUAUCAAGUUCAGGAGAUUUCAAAGAAGAAUUGAUCGAUUUCAAAGGUGGAUUCUCACUUGAUGGAUCAAUUGAAACAGCAAGAGAUCAAUCACAAUCAUCAACUAAAAAUGUUUUUGUGACCGAACUCAACUGUAAAACAUCAUACAUUGAGAUGGAUGAUCAAAGAAUCAGAUUCCAUCCAAUGUUCUUGAAAGAUCUUGCAACAAUCGAACAAGAAUCAGAUCUUUUGAAAAUAUUUGAUAAAUAUGGAACAUAUUAUUAUUCAAGUGCAUAUAUGGGUGGAAAGUUGGUUCAAAUUUCAACAACUUCUGAAAGUAUUGACACUGAUGAAAAGAAAAAAAAAUGGAGUAUUGCUGCUGAAGCAACAUUUGGAGCAUCUAUCAAUGCACCUGGUUUUGAUGGAGAAGGAAAAGCAACAAUCAAUGCCGGAAUGUCAUCCGAGGAAGAAUCACUUUCUGAAGUUCAAAGUAAAUCAACAUAUUCAAGUAUCAUCACUUAUGGUGGACCACCUGCAUCAUUCGCACCAUCUGAUAGUUUUAUGUCGACAACAUAUCAAGGAUGGUCAUCAUCAAUUGAUCUAUUACCAGUUCCAAUUGGAUACAAAGUCAAACCAAUCAGAGAUUUACUCAUUAAAACAUGGACAAUACAACUUGGAUCAAAAAAUGAAACUGUUUCUGCCCUUUGGAAUAAAAUGGAAAAAAUCUAUUAUCAAAUGAAUCGAGUAAAUCCUAUUCCACUGCCAAAUGAUUACAAAUAUUCAAUUAUUUUUGAUUUCGAAUCAGUAAAUGAUCUCCCCCGUCCAAUUACAAGAUAUUUUAUGUCAAUGAAUUGGUAUGAUAAAGGUUUAUUCAAAAACUUUUACACUACUUUCCAAUAUGUCUACUAUGAUACAGAUGGUUCAGAAACAGAAUUUCUUUUCCCCAAUACCUAUGGGGCCAACGUUUCUGAUCCUUCUGUAUCUGUAUGUACUACCAAUUCGGCUACUGUUUCAGGUAGCCAAAAAAAUAGUACAAUUUGUGAUACCACAAUUCGGAGUGUUCCAACUAAAUUCAGAGUUGAUUUCUAUGGACCGAAUUUCAUGAACAGUUCACAAGCUCCAAAUAUCUACAUUGAAGGUCUAAGUAACAUUGGAAAAUCAACACUUAUUUCAUGGUAUACUGGUGAAGCAAUCAGGUUGUUUAGAACUACAGGUAAUCCAAACUUUUUACAAUGGAUGCCAGGCAAUAGUGCAAGAUCAUUGAUCCAAUUUGAGGCAGCUCGUUCGGCAUUGAAUGUAGCAACCGGCACCAGUGGAGAUCUUGGUAUUUACGUUGGACCAAAUGAAUACUCUAGAGAUAACAUAUUGAAUUUUGGCCAUAAUGCGGGACAAAACUUUAAUUUCUACAAUAGAUACACAACCGAUAUUACCUUGAAAACUCAGGCGAACAUGCCAGUUAGCUCAUUCUAUGCUUUCCAUGGCCCGAUGACCGGUCUUACUCAAUUCAGAAUCGACUAUCAUUUAUAUAUUGUGAACAAUCAGGCAGAACAGAGUUGGAAAUCGAAAGUAUACUACUACCAUAUUCUUGAGGAUCGAGACAAUCCAAGUUACAUGCCGCUUCUCGCCAACAACUAUUUCUUCUCAUUGAAGCCACUCACCAAAGACGUUCCAUCAAAAUGGUUCUCCUUCUCAAACUACAAUCAUCCGAAACUUGGUGGAAGUGGAACUGUAACUGAUGAUUUUAACUUUAACUCUCCAAAACCAGAAGUUGAAUUCUGGGAAUUCUCUUAA